CCCUGGACGGCGCCUUCCUCUGCUCGCCACUCGGCGGGCUGAUGGUAGCCCAGGCCGUGCUUGGCUUACUGGUGUGGGCUCUCAUUGCCGACACAACGUACCACCUCCACGCAGCAUACAGCUGGGUGAUGUUUGUGUCCAUCUUCCUCUGGAUAGUAACAGUCCUUUUCUUCAUGACUUACCUCCUGCAGCUUCAGCUAAAGUUCUAUGUGGUCCCCUGGCCCCUCGUGCUGAUGAUCUUCAACGCUGCAGCGACCAUCCUGUAUGUCACUGCCUUCGUGACGUGUGCGGCCGCCGUGCAGCCUACGUCCUGGCGGCAGUGGGAUUACAACCGCAGAGCCGCAGCGUCUUUCUUUGCCUGCGUUACCAUGAUCGCCUACGGGGCGAGCACCUUCUUCAGCUUCCGCGCCUGGAAAGGGCUCGGCAGCAACGCGGCCACCAGCCAAGUGACUGACCACAUGUAAGGAGCAGACGGCAGAGCCCAGCCACGGGCUACCCUGGGUCAGCUCAUGCCAGGCUCCGUGGCUCAGAGCCUCGCGUGCCACCAGGUCUCGUUCUUGGACCAGCCUGUGCUGGCAGCCAUGGUCAGUACCGGGUUGCAUGGACACUGCUCUGUGGUCCCUGAUGAUGCUUCCAGCUGAUGCACCCACAGCACAAACCCGCCAGCACCGUCACUGACCGGAGGACAUGGACUCACUAAAGGCUGAAGCUCCUGCUUGUCCUUGGGGUUCAUCCAGAUCCUCACUGGAGCAGCUCUACUGAGAGUAGCUCUGCUACUAAAAUCCACUAAACCAAGCCCAGGUUCCUGUCUCUGGUCAUUCGCAGCUACAGUGUAAGUAAUUGCAAUUAAUAUGAUACAUAAACAGUGGUAUAGCUGGAGGAUGUAGGCUAAGCAAAGUAAAAAGGCUAAACCCUUCUUGUAUUGAUUUCUGAAAACAUGAAGUACAAAUUUUAUGCUUCAAAUAAAAAUCUUCCUAAAUUCAGCACCGCA